AAGACUUGCAUGCUUUAUUACAAAUCUGAGGAAAAUGCACCCGUGUAAACUCUGUGGAAGGAUGAUCAGCGUGUUUCUACGGUCCAACAGAGCCCCACUGCUGCGUUUAAAUGGUGUAUUGAAUACGACGAGGAGAAAUACUUCAUUCAGCCUUAGGUACUGCAGCAGUACAGCUGAAUAUUCCAGCAGUGAGUCAGCAGCGAAGAAGAAGAAAACCAGCAUAAACCCUGAAGAAGUGAAGAAGUUCAAUGCCCUGGCCAGUAAAUGGUGGGACACGAAGGGUGAACUGAAGGCCCUGCACACCAUGAACAGACUGAGAGUUCCCCUGAUCAGAGACACGUUGAUGAAGCAUCACAGUGUCAGCAGGAAGAGUCGGCCACUGGAGGGACUGAGGAUCCUGGAUGUGGGGUGUGGAGGAGGGAUUCUGUCUGUGCCCCUAGCAAAGCUGGGUGCCCAGGUGACAGGUCUGGAUGCCUCGGAGGAAGCUGUGAAGGCUGCUGCUGCACACAUGGCUCACGACCCUUCACUCAAGGACACACUCACCUUCACCCAUGGGACAGUGGAGGACUUGGUCGCAUCAGAAGUCAGGGAUUACUACGAUGCUUUGGUGGCAUCAGAAGUUAUAGAACAUGUGGAUGCACUGGAUGACUUUAUAGGCUCAAGCUGUGACCUUGUCAAGCCUGGAGGAUCACUGUUCUUCACUACCAUCAACCGUACGAACCAGUCGUACUACCUGGCAGUGAUAGCAGCAGAGUACAUAGUCCGUGUCGUGCCCAGAGGAACACACAACUGGAACAAGUUUGUCCCUCCAGAGGAGCUGAAAGAAGAACUGAGAGCUAAUAACUGCCACCCCCGCCUGAUCCAUGGUAUGUCCUACAACCCCUUCUUGAACCACUGGAGUUGGACAGGCUCCACGGAGAUGAACUACGCCCUACAUGCUAUCAAGGAUGACCCAGAAGCAACACAUAAAGACAGUUGAAAAGAGAACUGAGAUUUCCCAGAGAUGUACAUGUACUGUUGGAUGGAGGCUCUGUAGGGUACAUGUACAUGUUUAAGACUCAAAGUUUUAACUUCUUUGAUAAGACUUGACCUUAUCUAAGCAUCUCAGGUUGCCCA